UGCACCCUUCUCUUUGGUCAUGGACCUAAGAAGCUUCACAGAUGAAGAAAGGAAGAACAUCAAUAUACCAAGAAGAGUAGUCUCCUAUAGCGGCGGCGGCGCUCAGUCGAAUUCAUCUGAGCCGAACAUCAUCCAGUUUUCUUCUCCAAGGCCAUCUUCUGCUUCAGCAACAUCAAUCCCACUUCACCCUAUGAGCCCCGAGACACCCUGGGCGCUCUCCCCCAUCCGCACAUCUCCCUCUCAACCCCUUCUUUACCAUUGCAUCGCCUCUCUCCACCGCCGUGAAGGUAACAUCUUCUCCAUCGCACUCACUAAAGAUUUUCUUUUCACCGGCUCCGAGAGCCGCCGCAUCCACGUCUGGAAGCAGCCGGACUGCACCGAAAUCGGCUACAUAAGGGCUAGUUCCGGCCAAGUUCGCGCCCUCCUGUCCUACGGGAGAAUGCUCUUCACCACACACAGUGACUGCAAAAUCCGCAUAUGGAAUGUGUCCAUCACUGAAAAUUUCAGACCCAAGAAGAUUACGACAUUGCCUCAAAGAAACCCAUUUUACAUGUUUUCAAGAAAGAGCAACUCUCAGCACAAGAACAUCAUCUCAUGUCUUGCUUACAACCAUGAAGAAAAGCUUCUGUACACAGGUUCCUGGGACAAAACCGUCAAGGCGUGGAAUGUCUCCGACAGGCAAUGUGUGGAUUCCUUUGUUGCCCACGACGGCCAUGUCAAUGCAAUUGUCAUCAACGAGCAGGAUGGCUGCGUUUUCACUUGCUCAUCCGACGGCUCAGUGAAGAUCUGGAGAAGGGUAUUUGGAGAAAACUCCCACAUUCUCACCAUGACCCUCAAGUUUCAACUCUCCCCUGUUAAUGCUCUGGCGUUGAACAUGUCAGCAGGCACCUGCUUGCUCUACUCUGGGUCGUCGGAUGGGCUGAUAAACUUCUGGGAGAAGGAAAAGCUGUCGGGUAGAUAUAACCAUGGAGGGUUUCUUCAAGGCCACCAUUUUGCUGUGCUUUGCUUGGUAGCCGUAGGAGACAUAGUGUUUAGUGGCUCAGAGGAUUCAACCAUCAGGAUUUGGAGGAGAGAGGAAGGAAAUUGCUUGCAUUCGUGUCUUUCUGUCGUGGAAGGACAUCAUGGGCCAGUGAGAUGCUUGGCUGCUUCUUUGGAGUCUGAUAAUUUGGUCAAGUGUUUGCUGAUUUACAGUGCAAGCUUUGAUCAAACAUUGAAGGUAUGGCGGGUCAAGAUAUAUCCUGCUGACAAGGAUAACUUGGAGGAGCCAUUGAAAUCAGAUCAGCAGCAUAGAGAAACUGUGGAGUUCGAGAUGAGUCCAGUUUUGUCGCCAUCGUGGGUGGAAAAGAAGCUUCAAGGAGAUCAUUUUCAGUAGCUUGUAAUGUAAGCUUUAGUUUUAGUAUGCUUA